AUGCCAAGAAGAAACCAACGUCAGAAUGAGGGACCUUGUACUAUAUGUGGUCGUCAAGGUUCUGAUGAAAAGUUUAGAAAACUAACCGGGCAUCUACUUGCUAGAAUAAAAGAAAGCACCGACAUUUCUUAUAAACCAGGAGGUGCUAAUAAUCGAUUGAGUAUGCGAUCGCAGGGUAAAAUGAUGAAUAUUGAUAUGAAUGAUUUAACUAUGACCAAAGAUGAAAGAGAGAAAGAAUUAAUUGAAUCGGAUAAGGAAGAAAGGGUGUAUUACGAAGAAGCCUUGGAGGAUAGUAAUGAUAAACUGCUUGAUGAUGUAAAUUUUCUAAUCGAAAAUAAUACUGAGAGUAUUAGUAAGGUUAAGGAUAAAGGUAAAUUGACGAAUAAAGGAAUUGAACCCAAAGAACUAUCUCAGAUAGUGGAAGAAAAUGAUGUAUCCAAAGACGAUUAUAAUAUUCAAAGCAUUGAGUUAAUAUAUGAUCAAUUUAGAAGUUCAGAGACAAUAGAUG